AUGGAGACUUUGAGCGCCGUGAGGGCUAAAGUAGGAGCCAGAAGCCCCGGCGGCUGCGAGGCAGCAGGGAUCGGCGAGCCCCAGCCCAUUUCCUCUUCGGGUCCAGCUGCCCGAGGCUCUCCAGCACCGCCGGCGCCGGAUUCCCCCGGUUACCGACUUGAGGACCUGGAGACCUUGGCUACCGUGGGAACGGGUACUUUUGGGCGGGUUCAUCUGGUGAGAGAGAAAGCUGCUAAAUGCUACUUCGCAUUGAAAGUAAUGAGCAUUCCAGACGUUAUUCGGCUAAAACAAGAACAGCAUGUACACAAUGAAAAAUCGGUUUUGAAGGAAGUGAAUCAUCCAUUUCUGAUCAGAUUAUUUUGGACUAAUCACGAUGAACGAUUUUUAUACAUGCUGAUGGAAUAUGUACCUGGAGGUGAACUUUUUAGCUAUCUACGCAAUAUGGGACGCUUUAAUAACAGCACUGGACUGUUUUAUUCUGCAGAGAUAAUUUGUGCAAUAGAAUAUCUCCACUCAAAAGAAAUUGUUUACAGAGACUUAAAACCAGAAAAUAUUUUAUUAGACAAAGAGGGGCAUAUCAAACUCACAGACUUUGGCUUUGCUAAAAAGCUUGUUGAUAGGACAUGGACACUGUGUGGAACACCAGAGUAUCUUGCCCCAGAAGUCAUACAAAGUAAAGGUCAUGGAAGAGCAGUAGACUGGUGGGCCCUAGGCAUUUUGAUAUUUGAGAUGUUGUCUGGAUUUCCUCCAUUUUUUGAUGACAACCCAUUUGGAAUAUAUCAGAAGAUUCUAGCUGGUAAAAUAGAUUUCCCCAGGCACCUGGAUUUAUAUGUAAAGGACCUUAUUAAAAAGCUUCUUGUGGUUGACAGAACAAGACGACUAGGAAACAUGAAGAAUGGAGCUGAUGAUGUGAAGAGACACCGAUGGUUCAGGUCUAUAGACUGGGAUGCUGUACCACAGAGGAAAUUAAAGCCUCCUAUAGUGCCGAAAGUAUCAAAUGAUGGUGAUACAUCUAAUUUUGAAGCUUACCCUGAAGAUGACUGGAACAAAAUACCACCAGUACCUCCUAAAGAUUUAGAAAUUUUCAAAAACUUCUGAAUGUGUGAUACAACAAGUCAUUAAGAAACUGGAAGAAGAUUGAUGUGAUAGGUGGGAACUGGAAAAGAAGAACAGAAAAUACUUCCAAAAUGUCUUGGAAAUGAAUAUUACCACAUUAUGCAUAAGUUUUAAAGAAAUAAUGUUAAAAGUUAAAAAAUAGAUAAUAUGUUCAAUAGUAUAGAAUUGGCAUUAGUUCAGUUUUAAAAAAUACUGACGCACCUACCCUGAUAUAUAGAUACUGAAAUUAUAGGGUUUUUAAAUUCAAAUUUAGUUUUGUUUAUUGCUGUGCCCAAAUUUUAUUUGCAUAGUUAUUUCAUACACUAAUUAUAUAAGUUUAUACUAAAAUUGUCCUUUAAAGCACAAGUUAGUGUAUAUGUAUAUAAUGAAAUCAGUACAUCUAAAGCACAGAAACUGUGCAGAAAUGUAAAUUUUUGUAUUUUACAGAGUCUAUGGUUUUUAUUCUUAAAUAUUUUCCAAGAUGCUGCCUAGAAGUAAAACAAAUCUUGAAAUGAUA